UAGCUAGAUUUUUGCAUGAGGUAAUUGUUUACAAUAAUCCAUUGUAGAUACUAGUCGUUGAGGAUUAGGCAAUAAUUCAGCGUAAUAUUGUUUACUAACUUCAUCUAUUGUCGUAGAUCGCAUUUUGUCAAUUACGUCCCAGUAGUAGAUUCAGUCAUGCGCGUAUUUGUAAAACUAAUGGACGUGUUCAACCUGGUCUUGUGCCUCUGUGUUAUCUGCGGUACUAUAAACAGUUCUCCCGACAUUUUUGUGAAGCAAAAGAGAAAAUAUCGGCCCAUCUAUCAUUUGACAUCAUCGCAGGGUUGGAUGAAUAAUCCAGCGGGCAUCACGGUAUUCAGGAGGAAAUACCACAUUUUCUACCAGCUCCACCCCUACAACGCGCCGUUGGGACUCGUGAGUUGGGGCCACGCGAUCAGUACCAACUUGGUAGACUGGCUCCAUUACCCAGCAGCCUUGGUGCCCAGCAAAACAUAUGACAGACAUGGCUGCCUCUCUGGCACGGCGUUAGUGAACUGGCGUUUCCUCACUUUAUUUUACACUGGACACAGAAUCUCCAAUAACGUUAGUUACGAAACGCAAAACAUUGCCAUGAGUCGCGAUGGAAUUAUCUUCAAAAAAUACAUCUAUAAUCCGGUUAUAAAACAAUCUCCCAUAAAUACAAAAGUGCUGAGAAACCCUAAAGUGUGGCGGUUUCGAAAUUAUUGGUAUAUGAUUUUGGGGACCACUUCGAUACUGGGCACCGGUGAACUGCUUCUGUAUACUUCUCCAGAUAUGUUCAAUUGGAAGCUGUAUAGGACGGUGGCAACCUCUUACGGGGACAUGGGCUAUAUUUGGGAGAAUCCUGAUUUAUUCAAAUUGAAUGGUCAUCACGUACUUCUAUUAUCGGCUAUAGGAAUACAGGUACCGUCAGACGAUUACAGGUUUAAUAAUAAGUAUCAAGUGGGAUACGUCGUUACGAGAUUUGAUUACCUGACAGCCCGAUUCGAAGAUUUGGAAUUAUCAGCAGCGACUUUCCAUCAGCUGGACAACGGACACGAUUUCUACGCUCCAAAGACAUUGUCUUCUAACGGAAGAAGGAUUUUGAUAGCUUGGAUGGGCAUGUGGGAAAAUAAUUUCACCUCUACCACGUUCGGCUGGGCUGGGAUGAUGACGUUGCCCCGUGAACUUAGUCUGAACGUAGAUGGGCGUAUUCUUAUGACACCUAUUAAGGAAAUCGUCAGCUUACGUACGGAAUUAGUAGAAAGCGCGUGGUACGAACCUGGAGAAAUGUUCCUAGCGGGGUAUAAGUCUUUCGAACUACUGGUGAAUUCAACGUCGCCGUUCUCGGACACUGUGCUUAUAUUUGAUUGGAUAACUGGAGCUUUUAGUAUCAGAUACUCUGCAGAAUUUGGAUAUAUAAGCGUGGACCGAGGAGAUGAUGACGGCGAAAGGAGAGCGUAUUGGUCACCCGAGAAAUAUAUUUUUCUACGAAUUUUCGUUGAUGCCAGUUCUGUGGAAAUCUUUUGCGGGGAAGGUGAGGUGGUGUUCAGUAGCCGCAUAUAUCCAAAUGCUAUGAUAAUCCGAGUAGAAGGCAGUACUAAUGUGUAUAUCGUACAGUACCGAUUGCGUAGAAGCGUUAGAUUCGACAGUCUAAAAUAUCGUCCUUAAAAAAAUGUGAUAGACACUGCGCGUGCAUGCUAAUGCAUAUGUUGCAGAACUAUUUUAAAAAUAAGCUAGCAAAUGUAAAUCUAACGGCUACAAGAGAGCGAAGCAUUUGGUUCCUACCUACUACUAGACGUUCAUAUUUUCACCAAUAUAGCCCAGUCGAUAGACGUCCACAUAUAUACAAACCUCUUGCAUGGACUUCCACGGUCUCGAGUCGCUAGUAUUCAUCGGCUCCCUAUAACCCGCUUGAUCUCUUCGGUAGUAGGGGGUCGACUAAAACAGCUCUUGUCACCGGUCACUAUUCCAGCACCUUGGGAUCCCGAUACCAGAUUUAGUUAGAUUCAACCAAUAUAAUAGGUAACUCUUAAUUUAUUUAUUUUAUUUUUUUUCUUAAUUUUGAGUAGUUGUAGUUCAAAUUGUAAGAAUCCGAGAAUGUCUCCAAUUCAAACAAAUUGUAAGUGUACGUCUUCUGUCAUAAAGGGCCCCGGCCUGUCUCCUGACCCAAAUGAAUACGUGACGAUUUUUCUGGAUUUGCCCGGCCCGAAUCAGAUGGCAGGUUACAUUGACAGACUGAUUGAAGGAUA